AGACUUGAAUCUUGAUUUCCUCGACAAAUUUGGAUUAUCGAAAGAACGAAAUUCGUUGAUAUUCGCAGCAUUCAUACAUUCACUGAUUGGGUUUAUUUCGGGCGACUCCAUAUUAUUAACGCGUUUUGACUCAUACUGGAUAUAUUUUGUUUUGCUGGUCAUUUAUUUCAAAAUGAAGUUCAGUUUUUGUGCAGUUUCGAUGAUAUGGCCGCUAUAUUAUGGUAUAAUUAUGUCCUAGAUGGUGACUUACGAGAGAAAUAGUAACUUGCUGAUACACGAAGAUCAUAUAAACUGUUAAACAUAUUAUUUAUGAAACAAUGAGGUUUUAGAUACAUGCCAAUCUUGUGCAAGGACAGAAUAUCAAUAACUUAGCUUUCAUAUUUCACGGUAAUGACUACUACAAACAUUGAAGAAAUAUCGAAAAGUGAGGCAAUAGUAAAUCAUGAACGAUAUAUUGACGUACCCAGAGGCUGGAAUCGCUGUUUGGAAAAUGGAAAUAUUGUCUAUUUCAGUCCCAGCCAAGUAUGUUUGAAAUCAAAAGAGGACAUAGCCCAAUACUUGGUAUCUGACAAGACUUGUAAAUGUGGAAUUGAUUGCCCUCUAUUUAUUGACAAAGUAUUUGAGUUUGAUGCAUCCAUUUUAAGUCGUCAUUUCAAGCUUUCUGAUUUGGAGAAAAGCCAUAAUAGUCGGUGUAAGGAAACUAUAAAAGCUCAAUGUACAAUUGUUUCUAAGGUUGAAAACCUUUCUAAUGACCUUUCAAAUGAUGAUGUGAAGGUUUUCAGCAAACCACUUGUUGUGAGGAGGAAAGCUGAAGUGUCAAAGAAAAAGAACGAGUCGCCAAAAUUGCCAUUGUUUGAAAGCAUUUUGAGUGCACCAGAUGCGGUGAAUUUGCGUGCGCAAGGUGUGCCCAACCAAGAAGUGAAGUCUAAAAAAACAAAAAAAUCUGUUUCACAGAAGAAAAAAUCAUGUGCCUCUCCAGCGUUAGACACAGGUGUGUCAAAUUUUGUUCCACAGACAUCUGUGUCCCAAACAGUUCAGCUGAAUAGUGAUCAUUUUCACGCUCAUGGUCAACAUGUUGAUGCAGCAACUUAUCAGUUUUCAUUUGUACCAGAAAAUUUACCAUUUUCACAGAAAGAUGGUUCUUUCGCAUUUCCUUCCAGUCAAUUCAAUGCAACUUCCUUUCUGGCAUCUCUUUCGUCUGCUACUACAACCAUCUCCAGUCAAACAUGUCCCAGUGAUACAAGUAGUUCUCAAAAACCAUAUUUACUGAGUCCAAAACAACCGGCAUUGCUUGCUACGCACAAUCAGUCAAAUAAUCUUGUAUACUUUGCAAAUAGUGGCAACAUUUUACCGAUUUCUAACCAGAAUCCGAUGGUCAGUUUGUCUGGUGCUUCCAUUAAUAUGGUACCUCAAGUAAAAACACCUGAAGCCAAAGAAAAUCCCAGAGACGCAAGUAUGUCUAAGCCAGGCUAUCAUAUUAAGAACAGAACGAGGCCAAUUAUUUUGGGUCGCUCCGCAUCGUCGCGUCGCAAAACAAAUCCACAAGACUUGUCACAAACAUUGCCUAACCAAUCAAUGAAUUCUCCAUCAACUGGCAAGAUUGAUUCAAUUCCGUCUGUUAAAAUUGAUAAACAAAAAGAAGCAAACAUUCCAGAAAAGCAGGUGGAUCCUUUCAAACAGCCUCUUCAAUACUGUGGUAUACUAUUACAGCCAGGAGUUGUACCUCCAGUUCAUCUGCCAGGAGCAAAUGCUAUGCCUAAUGCUACCAACACUGCUGUUGUAGAACAAAGUCCCUAUGUGUACACAUUGCAAGGAUUGCCUUAUGCUAGUAAUGUUUCAAAUUCUGUUGUGGGGAUGACAUCAAACAAUGUUGUACCAUACUUUCUUGGUUUUGCCCAGCCGGGUAACCCACCUAAACCUGUUGCACCAAAUCCAAAUACGCCAGGGAAAGAUCCUAUCUCGAGUAGUUCUACAACCAAUACACCUGCAAUAGCUGCGGCGUACAGUGCUUUUGUUUCCAUAGCACCAGCAUCAGUGACGAACUCAAGUUUUUCACAGCAAUUGGUAAACCUGGUGAGCAACUAUAACAACCCAUAUUGGCAACAUCUUCUUACUCAAGGUGUAAAUGCAAACACAUUGGCAUAUCAACUGUCAAGUCUCGGCCAAUACCCUUGUGCGCGUACAAGUUUGCCUAAUGGGAAACCAUCCAGUGGAAGACGUUCAAAUUCCGCGCAUACUAAAGUGACAUCGUCAACCUGUAGGUCUGGCAUCUCAAGCUCUGGAGUAACAACUUCAACUGUUACUGGUUUAUGCCGUGUGACUACAACAACAAGUGAUGUAACUUUGACUGUCACGGCAUCAUCUCCAGUUUCUACAACACGUCUUAUUUCUAAGGUCAGAGGGUCAACUGCUACUGGUAGUUCAAUAAGUUCCGGUGAGUCAAUUUCAUCUAGUGGUGGCACUACGUCAUUUGUUUCCUCAGUCAAAUCAACAUUUAGUAGUGGUAAUUCAACAAGUUCCGGUGAGUCAAUUACAUCUAGUUGUGGCACUACGUCAUUUGUUUCCUCAGUUAAAUCAACAUUUAGUAGUGUUUCUGAUGGUUGUAAGUCGUCUGGGAUAGCAAUAUCAAAAAGCCAAGCCAUUAGCAAAACUGUUUCCACUCAGAACUCGGUAUUUACUGAAAAUCCUUUGUCUUGUGAACAAGUUGAAUCUCGAUGUGAAAAUGCCUUAAAUAAAAUGAAUGCUUCUGCUACAGCCGGUAUCGAUUUGUCCAAUGGUGAAGGUAUAUCUUGCAUUGCAAUUACUGGCAGUAGUGCAAAUACAACGAGCGCAAUAUCUACUUUUAGUUAUGGCACGCAAUCUAGUUGUAUGUCUACAUCAACUUUGCGAAAGCAUCAAGUGGGGAAAAUACGAGCAGCGUCUUUUACCAAUACAUCCACGUCCAUAUCGACAUCAACAUGUAUGAUUGGAUCCAGUACUGCAAGCGCGUCCAUUUCUGAAGUCUUGUUUACUGUGAAAAGUAAGUCUGGUGAUUUCAUCAAAGGCCCUGCCAAUACCAUCACCAGUUAUGCCAUUAGUUCCUCUCCUAUACCGGCCUUGAGUGGCCUCAAUACUAGUAUCACUUGCAACGAUGGUAACGUUGCGUCAACAAGUGUCACUGAGACCACGGAGUAUUCAACUGCAUUAAGUACUGUCACCAGUUGUGCAAAUGCUGAAGUCAAAAGGGAACCUUUUAUAAGUACCAGUACUGUCACCAGUUGUGCAAAUGCUGAAUAUGAAAGGGAACCUUUUAUAAGUACCAGUACUGUCACCAGUUGUGCAAAUGAUGAAUACGAAAGGGAACCUUUUAUAAGUACCAGUACUGUCACCAGUUGGGCAAAUGCUGAAUACGAAAGGGAACCUUUUACAAGUACCAGUACUGUCACCAGUUGUGCAAAUGCUGAAUACGAAAGGAACCUUUAUAAGUACCAUACCAGUACAGUCACCAGUUGUGCUAAUGCUGACGUCAAAAGCGAACCUUUUAUAAGUACCAGUACUGUCACCAGUUGUGCUAAUGCUGAAGUCAAAAGAGCACCUUUUAUAAGUACCAGUACAGACACCAGUUGUGCUAAUGCUGACGUCAAAAGUGAAUCUUUUAUAAGUACCAGUACAGUCACCAGUUGUGCUAAUGAUGACGUCAAAAGCGAACCUUUUAUAAGUACCAGUACUGUCACCAGUUGUACAAAUGCUGACGUCAAAAGGGAAUCUUUUAUAAGUACUAGCACUAUCACCAGUUGUUCUAUUGCUGAAGAAAAGAGCGAAUCAUUUAUAAGUACCAAGCAUCAUGUAACAACUUCAGAUACGCAGCUCAAUGAACUAUUAAUCUCAGAACCAGAUAUCAUUUUCAAUGGGACUACAUCAGAAUUUAAUAAUACUUUGCUUGGUAAAGAAGGUGGUAAAUCACCUAACAAAGUCUCUGAUGAAACAAGCGAUGCAAUUUCUGAAAAUGACAAAAAUGAGAUUUUCUCAAAACAUGAUGCAUCUCCUGCGUUACGUUCCAGAAAAGAGCCACGUGGUUCAGGUAUGUCACAAAAGUACCCAAUAUUAACCGAAGGUUUGCCUUUGGUCGAACAUAUCAAUAAAUCACCCACUUUAGGUACCGAAAGUUUUGAAAUUUCCAAAGAAGAUAUACAUAUUAGACAUGUUCAAGAUAUGGGUGAUGAUAUAAUGAUUAACAAAAGCAUGUCUGAGACAAAAUCGGUUAAUACUGCCGUCAAUGAUGUUAAAUUAUGCACAUCACCCACAAGUACAACGGAUAUACAUUCUGGAGUACUUUUCAGAGAAGACGAAACAGCGAAUGGAAAUACCGACAAUGUAUGUAACAAUGCUGUUAACAUAAAACCUGAAAUCUUUACUGAAAUUUAUGAUGAAUCUGAUUUGUGCGUCAAUGAUGAUCUGUCGUUAAAUUCUGAUAUAAAAUUAGAACAGGAAGUUUGGACUGACCCGAAAAUCAAAGUUUUAGAAGGCGAAAUUUCUCGAGUUGAUCAUGUUUCACUUACAAAUAAGGACAAUCAGACAAAGGAAUCGACUAUAUUAGUGAGUGACUGUUCAAAAAAAGACGUCGUUAAUGAAACAAAUGUUUCCAACGAAACUGAUGUCAAACCAAGUUUGAGAGAUGAGACUGAAAUCGAGAGUUCAGCCGAUUGUGCAUUGACGUCGUUUUUUGAAGAAUCAAGUAAAAAUGUUGAUACAAAAGCGGAUGAUGUUAACUCUGAAGAUCAUUGCGUAGACUUCAUUAUGGAAGAAGGUUCAACAAAAACUGAUAAAUCAUCACUAAGUGACAAUAAAGAGAUAGAGUCGACUAAUUUCAAAGAAUCUUGUAUUGAUGGAGAAAUAAAAUCGAUAACUGCUCCUGGAGAAACAGAAUAUGAGAACGUUGAGAAAUCUUGCGUAGAUUUAAAUGUAACAACAGAGUGUGGGAAUGUUGACGAGGGUUUUGUAAAUGCUCAUGGACAAACAGAAUCGGAAAAUGUCGAAAAAUUUUGUGUAAAUGAUGCAACACAGGUGGAAUCGAUAAAUUUAGAACAAUCUAGUACACUUGUUGCCGUGCAGGCGACAAAUGUCGAAGAACUUUCUGUACAUAGUAAAGGUGAAACACAGUCGACACUUCUGGAAAAGAAUUGUGGGUAUGCUGUUACGGAAACAAGCUCAAACAGUUUUCAAGAGCCUCGUGCGAAUUCUGUAGUUGAUGGAGACUGCCACAAAGUUGAAAAUUGUAUCAAUACUGAUGCAAAAUUGUCAAAUGUAAAUACUUGCUCAGGUGAAGACACAGAAGCAAAUUUCAUUGAUAUGAAACCAUUUGCUUUCAGUCAAACGGAAUCGAACUCUGAAGUUAAGAGCUCUGAUACUAUUGUAAAUGUUGAUUCAAGGACGCGCUAUGAAAACGGUGGUGUCGAUGUUAACUUAUGCACGAAUGAAUUUUCGAAGUUGAGUGAAGAUUGUAAAGUGUCAGUCUUGAAGCAAGAAUCUAACUCUGGUUCACUUGUACAAAAUAAAAUGGACGAUAAACAUCGGAUAAAAAAAAGAGUAGUUCCGGAGGCAUUGGAGUUAUCAGACUUUAUCACAACUAAACGAAAAUGUGUUCGAGAUAGAAUGACAAAGAAUCACGACAAAACAAAAAUAGGAUUGAAUGAAAACGAUGUUCAAAAUGGAGACGGAGAUAACAGCUCAAAACAAGCUAGUAAUAAACGAAAGGAAGAAGUUGAAAGUGCAAUCCAGUUUACAACUGGUGACAUUGUUUGGGCACAAGCAAGAGGUUUACCUUCAUGGCCUGGGAAAAUAGUUGACGAAAGAGAUGUAGCGAAUGGCAAAGCUGCCGCUGCUGAUACAGGAAAGAAAUGGGUGAUGUGGUUUGGUGAUCAUACUUUCAGUCAAGUGGAAGUUGAUAAAUUAAAAACUUUAACUGAAGGUCUGAAAACUCUCGAUGACAAAGGCAAAAAGAAAAAACACAGAGGGAAGAAGACCCGGGUAGGAUUAGAGCAAGCCAUUGGCGAAGCUUUAGAAGAGCAAGAUCAGAAAGACAGACUAAGAACCAGACAAGGGUCCAAAGCAAAAAAGAGAAGAUUCUAGUAGAAUCUAUUGAUGUUUCCACGGUUUCUAUUCUGUUUUCCAAAUGAGGACUUAACCUGUUUAUGUGUCAUUUUUUUCUGUAAUAUAAAUGACAAUUAUGCUGUAGUUUAUUCUGUUAUAUAUAUAUAUUAAUGUAUAUAGUUAUUUUAACGAAAUGAAUUUAGUAUUUGAAUGCA